UGAAGUUAUACGAGUUCUUCCUCAACUCCUGGGGACGCAGAGAGAAUGGUAUAAAAGCUUCCCCUGCUCUCUGGAGUGCCAUCAGUUUCUGGUUGACUCUCCUGUCUUCACUACUUCUCUCCGAAGCAGACUCACCUCACAACUCAACACCAUGGUUUAUUGUGGACCUUCCUGUGCUGUGCCCUCUUGCGCCUCUGCCCCAGCUGUUGGCUUUGGAUCAGCUGGUUCCAGAGGACUCGGUUGCGGAGGUCUCGGCUAUGGAGGUUCCGGCUAUGGCUUGGGCUAUGGCCGUGGUUUGGGCUACGGCUUCGGAGCUGGUGCCUUGGCCGAAUCCUCAGGAAGCCUGGGCACCCUGGCCGGAGUCAUCCCCUCCUGCAUCAACCAGGUCCCAGCAUCCGAGGUGACCAUCCAGCCACCUGCAGUUGUGGUCACCAUCCCUGGUCCCAUCCUGUCCGCCAGCUGCGAGCCCGUCGCCGUUGGAGGCUACAGCCCAUGUGCCCCCGGAGGUAUCGGAGGCAUCAGUGCCGGUUAUUAUGGAGGCCGCCUGGGACGUCUCGGUCGCCGUGGCAGCAUCUAUGCUCUUGGUCGCCGUGGCAGCAUCUGCUCUCUCGGGCGCCGAGGUAGCAUCUGCAACCUCCCCUGUUAAGUUAACCCGGACUCUCCACGACCAAAAACGGAUUUGAGAGGAUUGGAUAAAGCAUAUCUGAGCCCUGUUCUGGACUGCAUCGAUCUUUGACAAACCGUUUGCGUUUGCCUUUAGAUGGACAAAAUUGGCCCGGAAGACCUCUUACGACUCUCUUGGACUUCUCCUACUCUUUGUUUGUUUCCCAUCUUGGUUUUAAAAUGCUUAAAACCCUGUUCCCUCUGCUUAUGUAUA